CUCCUAAUGAGGGCUGCACCGGCUCGCUCCACACCCAUAAAAACCCUGGUUGGACGUCAAAGCGGAUUCGUUUCGGUGAUGCUGGGAUAAAGGGGCGCAGCGAGGACUGGCUCCCUCCCUGCCAGCCCAGCGCAGCGCCGGGCUCCGUCCCUCCGCCGGGAGGGAUGCUCGGGGGCCGGGGAGAGGCUCGGGGCCGGGGACGGCUCCCCUCCGCCGCACGAUAAAGAAGCUCGUGGACCGUUUGCAGCGAUGUCAGUGAAGGAAGAGUGUUGCCUCUCCGCCUCUGCCCAGCGCAGGACCAGAGGCUGACUGGAAGCUGGCAUGUUGCCCCCUCCAGCUCCUGCUUGGCCGCACGAUGCCCAGCCCUGCCUGCCCUUCCCGUCCUGCCCCUAGCCUCGCUUUCUGCCGGUGAUACACCCUGCUUCGCCCAGGACGUCGCUUUGGGAGAGAGGCGGCAGCGAGUAUGCUGCAGAAAUCCAGCCUGCAGCCGAAGCCCAGGGGAGUUUUGCAGUGAAGACAGCUGCUUAAAAGCCAAAGAGUUGUCCCUUCCCCGCCCCGGCGCGGAUAAGCAUCUUGAGCACUGAAUUUCUCUGCGCUCAGAGGCUGUUGAGGUCCUAGUCUGCAGACUUGAAGAGGGAGGCUGCCAUGGAAGAGAAUGUGUUCAGCGUGCAGCAGAUACAGCCCAACGUCAUCUCAGUGAGGCUCUUCAAGCGCAAGGUGGGUGGCCUUGGCUUUCUGGUGAAGGAGCGCGUCAGCAAGCCACCCGUCAUCAUCUCAGACCUGAUCCGGGGAGGGGCUGCAGAGCAGAGUGGCCUCAUCCAGGCGGGGGACAUCAUUUUAGCCGUCAAUGGCAGGCCCCUGGUGGACAUGAGCUAUGAGACCGCGCUGGAGAUCCUGAGAAGCAUUGCCUCCGAGACCUACGUGGUCCUCAUCCUGCGGGGCCCCGAGGGCUUCACCACUCACCUGGAGACCACUUUUACAGGUGAUGGGACACCAAAAACCAUCCGUGUCACCAGACCCCUCUGCCCGACUCCGAAGGCGGUUGACUUGUCCAACCCAAGCCCACAUAGCAAAGAGCUGCCAGCAGCCGACCGCACCAUGGGCUCCCUAUGGACAAGACAGAUCGGGCAGGAGGUGGAGCCGAUGGUCCACAUUAACGGUGUCGUUACCAGCAGCAAAGGGCAAGAUGCUGGGAAAGGGAAGGAGGGUGCUUGUGGUCACCCUUGCCUCAACGGCGGCAUGGAAGACAAUGAACUGCUGAAAGAAAUCGAGCCUGUCCUGGAUCUCCUGAAGAGCAGCAGUAAGGACAGCCAUGGAGAAGCAACCUCCAAGGUAGAGACAAGAGAUAUAGAAGUCCAGGUGGACUGUUUCAGGGAAGGGGAAAACAAGUCACAGAAAGCCUUACCGGCUCGGAUGGAGAACGACCGUGUCUUCGGUGACUUGUGGGGGAAGAGCAAUGUGCCCAUGGUCCUGAACAACCCUUACUCCGAAGCAGAGCAGCCACCACCAUCCGGGCGGCAGUCCCCAACGAAGAACACAGUGAAUGGAAGUCCUUCCAAAUGCCCGCGGUUUGUCAAAAUCAAGAACUGGGAGACAGGCUCCGUGCUUCACGACACUCUGCACCUCAAGACUGCAAUGGCUACGGCGUGCACGGAGCAGAUUUGCAUGGGCUCCGUAAUGACCCCUAGCCAGCAUGUCCGCAAGUCGGAAGAUACCAGGACAAAAGAGGAGUUGCUCCUCUUGGCUAAGGACUUCAUUGACCAGUACUACUCCUCCAUAAAGAGAUCUGGCUCCAAGGCCCACAUGGAAAGGCUAGAGGAAGUGACCAAGGAGAUCGAAGCCACCGAUACCUACCAGCUGCGGGACACAGAGCUGAUUUAUGGAGCCAAGCACGCUUGGAGAAACGCAGCCCGCUGUGUGGGCAGGAUUCAGUGGUCUAAGCUGCAGGUGUUUGAUGCCCGGGACUGCACCACAGCCCAUGGGAUGUUCAAUUAUAUCUGCAACCACAUCAAAUAUGCCACCAACAAAGGGAACCUCAGAUCUGCUAUCACCAUCUUCCCACAGCGGACGGACAGCAAGCAUGACUUCCGCAUCUGGAACGCCCAGCUCAUCCGCUACGCUGGCUACAAGCAGCCUGACGGCACUAUCCUGGGAGACCCUGCAAACGUGGAGCUGACGGAGAUCUGCAUUCAGCAGGGGUGGAAGGCACCAUAUGGGCGCUUCGAUAUCCUGCCUCUGCUCCUCCAAGCCAAUGGCAACGAUCCAGAGCUCUUUGAAAUACCCCCAGAGCUUGUGCUGGAAGUACCCAUCCGGCAUCCCAAGUUUGAAUGGUUUAAGGACCUGGGCCUGAAGUGGUAUGGUUUGCCAGCAGUUUCCAACAUGCUCCUUGAGAUUGGUGGCUUGGAGUUUUCUGCUUGUCCCUUCAGUGGUUGGUACAUGGGCACUGAGAUUGGGGUCCGGGACUACUGUGACAACUCUCGCUACAACAUACUGGAGCAAGUGGCUAAGAAAAUGAACCUGGAUAUGAGGAAAACGUCAUCGUUGUGGAAGGACCAGGCCCUAGUGGAGAUCAACAUUGCUGUGCUGUACAGUUUUCAGAGUGACAAGGUGACCAUUGUGGAUCACCACUCAGCCACGGAGUCCUUUAUCAAGCACAUGGAGAAUGAGUACCGAUGCCGGGGAGGCUGUCCUGCUGACUGGGUGUGGAUUGUCCCACCAAUGUCUGGCAGCAUCACCCCAGUUUUCCAUCAGGAAAUGCUCAACUACCGUCUCACACCCUCCUUUGAGUACCAGCCAGACCCCUGGAACACCCAUAUCUGGAAAGGGGUCAAUGGGACACCUACCAAGAAGAGGGCCAUUGGCUUUAAGAAGUUAGCAAAAGCUGUGAAGUUCUCAGCUAAGCUGAUGGGACAGGCCAUGGCCAAGAGGGUCAAAGCGACCAUCCUGUACGCCACCGAGACAGGGAAGUCACAGGUCUAUGCAAAAACUCUGUGUGAAAUCUUCAAGCACGCUUUCGAUGCCAAGGUGAUGUCCAUGGAUGAGUAUGACAUCGUGCACCUAGAGCAUGAAACCAUGGUCCUGGUGGUCACAAGCACCUUUGGCAAUGGAGACCCACCUGAGAAUGGAGAGAAAUUUGGCUGUGCAUUAAUGGAGAUGAAGAAUCCCAACUCCAACCUGGAGGAGAGGAAGAGCUACAAGGUCCGCUUCAACAGCGUCUCCUCUUACUCGGAUGCACGGAAAUCCUCAAGUGAUGGCCCUGACUCCAGAGACAACUUUGAAAGCACGGGGCCUUUGGCUAACGUCAGGUUCUCUGUGUUUGGGCUGGGGUCCCGUGCUUACCCCCAUUUCUGCGCCUUUGCCCGGGCAGUGGACACCCUCCUGGAGGAGCUGGGCGGAGAGAGGAUCCUCCGCAUGGGAGAAGGGGAUGAGCUCUGCGGCCAGGAGGAAUCCUUCAGGACCUGGGCCAAGAAGGUCUUCAAGGCAGCGUGCGACGUGUUCUGCGUGGGGGACGACGUCAACAUCGAGAAAGCAAACAACUCCCUCAUCAGCAACGACCGGAGCUGGAAGAGGAGCAAGUUUCGCCUGACCUACGUGGCUGAAGCCCCUGAACUCACACAAGGACUCUACAGCAUCCACAAAAAACGCGUCUAUGCAGCCCGGCUUAUCACACGCCAGAACCUGCAGAGCCCAAAGUCCAGUCGCUUGACAAUUUUCCUGCGCCUCCACACCAACGGACUCCAGGAGCUGCAGUACCUGCCCGGGGACCACCUGGGUGUGUUUCCAGGGAACCAUGAAGACUUGGUCAAUGCUCUGAUUGAUAGGCUUGAAGAUGCCCCUCCAGCCAACCAGCUGGUGAAGGUGGAGCUCCUGGAGGAGAGAAACACUGCUCUAGGUGUGAUCAGUAACUGGACAGAUGAGAACCGUGUCCCACCAUGCACCAUCUUCCAGGCUUUUAAGUACUAUUUGGACAUCACCACCCCUCCCACACCCCUGCUGCUGCAGCAGUUUGCUCUGUUGGCCACCAGUGACAAGGAGAAGAAACGUCUACAGGUCCUUAGCAAGGGUUUGCAGGAGUAUGAGGAAUGGAAGUGGUCCAAGAACCCCACCAUCGUGGAGGUGCUGGAGGAGUUCCCCUCAGUGCAGAUGCCCUCCACGCUGCUGCUCACACAGCUCCCCCUCCUCCAACCACGCUACUACUCUAUCAGCUCCUCCCCGGAGAUGUAUCCAGGCGAGGUCCACCUCACUGUGGCCGUGGUCUCCUAUCGCACGAGAGAUGGAGAAGGACCGAUCCACCACGGAGUCUGCUCCUCUUGGCUCAAUCGGAUACAGAGUGAUGAAAUAGUCCCCUGUUUUGUAAGAGGUGCGCCAGGGUUCCACCUGCCCCAGGAUCCCCAGGUGCCCUGCAUCCUCAUCGGCCCUGGCACCGGCAUCGCCCCUUUCCGGAGCUUCUGGCAGCAGCGGCUCUUUGAAAUCCAGCACAAAGGUCUGAAGCCUUGUCCCAUGAUCCUGGUAUUUGGCUGCCGGCAGUCCAGGAUCGACCACAUUUACAAAGAGGAGACGCUCUUUGCCAAAACCCAAGGUGUCUUCAGAGAGCUGUACACAGCCUAUUCCCGGGAACCGGACAAACCAAAGAAAUACGUGCAGGACGUGUUACAGGAGCAGCUGGCCCAAACCGUGUUCAAAGCAUUGAAGGAGCAGGGAGGCCACAUCUACGUCUGCGGGGAUGUCACCAUGGCUGGGGACGUCCUCAAGACCAUUCAGCGCAUCGUGAGGCAGCAGGGCCAGCUGUCGGUGGAGGAGGCAGGCGCUUUCAUCAGCAAGCUGCGGGAUGACAGCCGGUACCAUGAGGAUAUUUUUGGAGUCACUCUGCGUACAUACGAAGUGACUAACCGCCUUAGAUCCGAGUCUAUUGCAUUCAUUGAGGAGAGCAAAAAAGAUACGGAUGAGGUUUUCUGCUCCUAACCGGACCCUUCACCCCAAGGGGAUGCCAAACCAGUCCCAGCACCUGCUGCCCCCUCCAGCCUGAGGGCACUGGGUUUUGUAUUUCACGGACACGGUGGCUCCUUUUCCGCGGGGAAAUGCCCAUGGAAAGUGCUCUGUCUCUCGUCCUGUUGUUGUGUCCUGAUGAUGAUGAUGAUUUUUAUUUCCUUUUCUUCCUCUUUCUCUUGCUCUUGUCCUGUGGGCAUUUCUUUCCCUUCCCUGGAUUUCCUCCCCCUGCCCCGAAGUACGAUGGCUUUAUAACCUGCAGUGGCUCUUAACAGAACUUCACAUUUCUCCUCCUUCUCAUGAGGGCAUUUUGCGGCUGCAUGAAAUCACCACCUUUGUGAUCAUCUGCAUUUUUGGUGUUUUGAGGGAGAGCAGAGGUGGCAGGGACUGGGCAAUGGCUAGGUCUUGUUGCUUGACCAGAACAGGGGGUUCUUGCCCCCAGGCUCCCCCUUUCCUCAGCUUGGGGCUCAGCUGAAUCCUUGCAUUUCCACAGCUUUCCUUUGGACUUGUACAGACCUGGGCACGUGCCUGAGGCUGGGGGCAGAUGAUGUGCAACGCCCUUGUGCCUAUGAACUUUGUUCGUCCCCAAGCAGCGUGGGUACAAAUGUGUCUGUUUUGAUCCAAAAGGUGGGAUGGCUUCGAUUCACAUGUCAUGAUUUCUCUUAAAUGGACUCUGCUAUGUUUGCCUCCUUCUCUGCUCCCUGUGAGCCUCUCCUUUUGCUCAGCCCCCACUUCUGCUGGCCUGAAAGUCCUCCCACAGAGGAGCCAAGCAUUGAACACACAGGCUGAUGUGUGAUGAGUGAAAAACUCACAGCAAUGAGCGCUGCUUGGCCAGGCUGUCCUCCAGAAGGCUUUAGCAGAGAUAUAUGAUCUGCAGCCACGAUCCUGGUGGGAGAGAUUCAAGGACCAGCUGCAUCCCAGAGCUCUGCAUGCUGUGAAUGUGUGAACCCUCUCCCAGGUGAGACUGGAAAGCCGUGAGGAUGGGAGAGCAGCAGCUCCAAUCCUGGCUGAAGAGGCACCUCCUGGUAACAAAGCCUAUUUGGAAGACAGCUCUUGGAAGGUCCUUGGUGAGGAUGUGCCGAUCAAGGACUCCUGAAAGCCCAGAGAGGAUCAGCGCCACCUUAGCGCAGUCCUGCAAGCAGUUCUAGGACAGCAGACCCCAGCCACUUCCACACCUUCGGGUGCAGAAAGUGUGAGCGCAGAGCAACCUGCCUGCCAAAAGAAAUACAUGUGGCAUCUCGGUGGCAGUCCGGUCCCCUCUGUAGGCUCUGCACCACCUACCAGCAGCACGAGCUGUCUCUGCUGGGACAUCUCAUGUGAAAAGGGAGGUGAGAUCAGCUGCAAAGAUGCUGUGUGAUCCUGGACUCUGACACGCUCACACCUCAGCCCUGCUGCAAAAACCUGGCCCCCAAAGCAAUCUGUUAACACAAGAACAGAAAGGGAUCAGUCCCUUUAACAGAGAAAAGCUGCCUGCAAGGUACAGCAUGCAUGACCUUGUGUGUCCUUCCUGCUUGUCCUCUCUUCCUCACCCUGAAGAAGGUUUGUCCUCCCUUGUUGCCAGGAUGAGGGCAGCAGGGCACGGCUGCAGCUCCUGCUGGAGGCAGGGAUAUGGGGUUGACAUUUUGAGCUGCUAGAUGCUGAUCCUGUCUCCUGCCUCUGCUCUGCUGCACUGUGCACUGAUGCUUGUAAGGAGCAAAGCACCUGCACUCCGCAACAGUACAGGGCUUGUCCAGGAGCCACAAUGCUGAGCUUUGCUUUCAGAAGGCUAAGAUUAGCUGCCCUAAGACAAAGUGAGAGCAAAAUGAGCUGUAGGAGGUUUGCUGCUCUCCCUGCCCAUGGCACAAGCUAUGCUGGCUCCCUUAACUCCAGGCUGUGCAGUUAUCCCUGCCCUCAUCCAGCAUUUCCUGCCCUUUCCUGUGGCUUGGCUGGCCACAUCUCCAUGGGCUGUGACUACCUCCUGCAAUUUUUGACUCCCCGAACGCUUAAAGCAGCUCCAGCCCCAAAUCCAGGAGCAAAAGACCUCCAGGUCUCAGUUUUGCAAAGCCUCUAGCGUGGUGUACAAUACGAAUGAAUGCUGCCACGGUGUGGCCAGAGAUGAGCUGCUGGGCUGGCAGAGCAGCUGGAGCAGGGUUUGGAGACAGGUUCGUGUCACCCCCUGGGGACUUCAGGACCUGGAGGUGAAAGCAAAACAGGACAAAAUAAAAAAAGGACAGCCCAUGGCCCACCUCUGUGGGUUAUUCCCUAAUCCCAGGGCAGGCAGAUUAGGGAUUAGGGGAGCUGGGUGCCUUUGCUGCUGGGAUGUGUGAUCCUGGGCAGAGGUCUUGUCUGUGGGAGCCAGCUCCCUGACUCUCAAGCUGAGAACAGCAAGCUUUGUCCUAACCCCCAACCCUAAUUAAACUCAUCUCCUCCUUUUGGGAAGUUUGAUUCUAGGCUUUGUGCUCUGGUCCCCCGUUAGUAGAAAGAAUGAUGCAACCUGAAGAGGAGGAAGUGCCUAAAGCAAUGCCCUUGUCUUCGUCCUCUUUCCAGCUCACCCUGUGCUGCUGGCAAUUAAUUAUCUCCUGUUCUGCCUUCUGCCUGUAUCAGUAUCGCAUCUCCCACCUGGAAGUUGUAUUGCUGUUGCAGUCUGUGUCGGAGAUGAAUUGGCUUGCUUUUCCUGCACCCCAAAGCUCGUCGUCUCCAUUUCCCCCCUUCCACCUGAGCUGCCACUGAAAACAACGGAGAAGUGCAGCAGAGAAGGGAACGGGGGGUGUGCCUCACCUUUGGUGGGAUCUCCAAAGUGGUCUGUGCAGGGCAGACAGCCAACAGCAUCUCAAGUUCAACAGGCUUCGAGGAGGUGAGUCCUUCAGAGCCCUGUGGAAGUCCUUCAGAGCCCCGUGUUGAUUUAUGGCCCUGGAGAAGAAGAACCCUCCCUGCUGUGAAGGUCCAUGAAGCGAACACGACCCCAGAGCUCGUGGCUGUCCCUCUGCCUGAGCAGGACCGUUUGCUCCUCACGAGCUGCACCACUGGGAACUUUGAUUCAUUAUUUUUUGUUGAGUCCGUCUCAGACGGCUUAACAACUUCUCCAUCCUCUUUACCUGCAGGGGCUUUGCAUUCCCCUCCAGCUUCAUUUUCUCCCACCGCAAAGCAGGAAAUAAACUUGCCGAUCUGCUUUAUCAUUCCACAAAUGCGGCUCUUCCACCACUUGUCUAGACUCUGCUCAUCUCGAUGUGACAUUUCUGACGUGUGGGUGUAGCUACGCUAUCUCCAGCAUGCAUAAACGGCGGAGAGCGAGGUGGGGUCUGCUGCAGACCAGUGCCAUGAGCUGCUUGGCGGGGUCAUGCAUGGAGAGGUUGUACCUCUUGGGCAUUUGGCUCACCAGCGUGUCACCUCCAUGUCCCUGCUGCCUGUCCAGGCUCCUGCACAGCCCCACGCGACUCCUGCAGUAAGGGGAUACCGGACCUGGACACUCAGCCUGAUCCAACAUCUCCUGGAGGAUGGCCACCACUGCCUGGUUUGUAGCAGCUCAGCUUCUUUUUGCUCCCCGGGGCUAAAACAUAAACAGUCUUUUCUCAAACCAGGAGAUGUGAUUUUCAGGACAUGGUGAAGUGAGGGUUUUUUUCUCAAAGAUUUUAGUUUGUAGGUUUUUCUGAUGUGCACAUAAAGUCAGAUAUGAUCUUGAAAACUCAUGGGAACCGGUUCUCUCUUUUCCCAACCUGCUGUGUCCACUAGCAGGGAAAAAUAACUCAUUUGUUCAGUGCAAGGAUACCUAUUGCCUGUGUUGUUGAUGACUUCAAAGGUUUCACUUCCCCAGAAGGACUGCCUGGGAGUUUGUUGUUCUUCAAUUUAUGAGAGACAGCGGGAAAAUAAUGAGACUUCUGCCACUGGGAGUAGACUCGCAAAGAUGACACCUCCACGAUCGUUGCCGGGUAGGGCUGAGCUCAUUGAGGAGGAACUGAGCUACUCGCUUUCAUACUGGCUAGAGAAAUAGGGGUUGAGUUCGGGCUGUCCACGCUACCUGCCCUGUGCCUAUACGUCCCCGGGGCAAGCAGGGGACUGUUCACACCCAAAGCAGUGUGAGUCAAAGCGUGUGCGCAUCACCGGCGGGCUUAGAGUUGUCCCCAGAGCAAACGUGACUGCUUUAUACAGAAGAGAUGGGAAGAGGCAGGAGCUGCAUGAACCUGUGCCCAGUCUGUGACUGUUCCAUUACUUCCUUUACUGUCAGUACGUGACGCCUCUCACCCUGUCCUGGGCUGUAACCCACGUUCCCUCCAGUGCUUCCCUCUGGAGAUCCCUGCUUUCUCCUUCUCAGCCCAGUCAAAAGGUGCAAGGAGCUGCUCAGCAAGGAUCUUGGGGGUAGCAACAGACUUACAGUGCCUUGUGCUGGGACGAAACUACUGCACUGGGAUUGCCCUCCUGUUCCUGCUCUCUCCAGGGACACAGGGAGUGGGAGCAGAGGGGAACAGAUGGCUUCAUUUUAUUAGUGAAAUUCUUGGUGGGCAAAUUCCCCCUGGGAUAACUGAGAGCAAACUUAGAGCCCUGUUUAGCCGUCCUUUGCAACUGAUCUCCCUCCGAUGGGGUUUUGCAAGGGUAUAGAAGCAGUGCAGAGUGAGAGUGUGGGUGUGAACUGGACACCACCUUCUGCAAGGACCGCAGGGCUAUGAACGCCCACCACGUGCCGGAGACCACGUUUGUAUCAAGGUAUCGUGGAGGAGAGGGCAUGUUUGUGCUGGAGCCUCACGGACCUGCACCAAGCCCAAGCCCAAGCUGCUGCCUCCCAACUGAUGACCACUGAAGCCAUUCCAGUCUCUGAUUUAUGCCCGUAGGGAAGCUGCCGAGAGUUCUCAGCAUUUAUCGGAAGGAGAAUUUUAUGCUCGAAACUAAAUUUUCUUCCUGCUUUCACUGGGGACCAGCUCCCAGCUUCAGAUUGCUCUGAUAACUUUGCAAUUGCUUUGAUCGUUCCAGAGGGGAGCGUGGUCCCUUUACAGAACAGAUGGAGACACAUUUUUCAGGACCAUUCAACUUUGCCAUAACUCUGCCUUUGUUAUAACAAUUUCUUCCGUUACUACGGGAGGAGAAUCAUUUGGCCAGUGCUGAGCGCUCUUGAAAACUCCGAACUUGGACACAAUUAGUCUAGAACCUGAUAUAAAACGCCUUCCAGACCCACCGGCUUCAGCGGCGCCGGGGAUUUCAGCAGCUCGCAGGGUCAGGCUUUCACAGCAGCCGCAGUUUCGUGCUGGCAGUAUUUUUGCGUGCGUCAAUCCGCGCUUGCCUGCAAUGCAUGACUCUAGUAAUUCAUUUGAAAUCUUACCCUCGACGCGGAGAUGUGAGCUCUAGCUUCUUCCAUAUGGCUGUGUGUGUUCAAUAGGAAAUCAGGGGAGCUGGGAAAAAAAAAAAUCGAAUGAGCUUGCUGCUUUAAAGCACUUGGUUCCAGAAGUAAAGUAGACCUCGCCAGAGGUCUUGAUUGGCUUG